AUGUCGCCUCGACUGCUUACUCCUAGAGUACAAUCCACUCACAAAUCAAACCAAAAGCGAAUCGAACAGCCCUCCCACAAGUCGUCGCUCGCAAAGAGAAGCCAAACACAGUUUUCCACAACAAGACAUCAUAAUACUAACAACACAAUAAUGCACUCUCCAGUUGCAACAUCUCCUUCCAAGGCCACCAUCACCACCACCAUGGCAGACAAGAGUGACACUAGUAACGGCAACCAACUGAGCCUGCCUCAGACUCUCAUGAAGCUGCUCAUUGAGGGAAAUGCGUCUGAGGCCAUCUGGUGGCUCCCAGGAGGCAACGAGUUUGCCAUCAACGCCGCCUUGUUUCCAUCGCAAGUGCUCGAGGUUUACUUUCCUGGUUGCAAGUAUGCCAGCUUUAUCCGCCGACUGCACAAGAUGGGAUUCUCACGAGAAACACGCGCUCUCAAGAAGGUCAAUGGCAUGAAGAUUCCACCCAACACGGUCGCCUUUCGCCAUGCCAACUUUCGCAGUGACCGCCCGGAAUUGGCCAGCGACAUUAAGCAAAGGGCUUCUGGAAACGGCAGCAGCCACAAGUCGGCUCAGGCCAAAAAGGCUGCCAAGAGCAGUGUCUCCUCCCACAGUUCCAGAUCUUCCUCUCCAAGUGAACAACAAGCGGGUUCUCCCGUCGUCCGACCGGCAUCAGCUUCCGCCAUGCACCAUGAUGCAGCACCCGUCCACAGCAUUUCCUUUCCUACAAGUGUGCCCUCUGCAUUCCGCCCUGUGGCUUCUCCAGCAUACUCCUCCAGUCUGCUUCCCAUGGCACCACUUCUGGGAGGAGGAGAGGAAGAGAAACAAUCCUUGCAACCGGAAGUCGAUUCUACAGGGGCCCUGGAAUACAUUCACAGCUUGAGGCAAGCACAGCAGCAACAGCUGCGUCGGUUGGAACAGGAACGACUUCUCCGUGAGAUCAUGCUCGAGGAGGAGGCUACGCAGCAACAGUUGCGUCUGGCCCAAGAAAGAAUCCUUCGUCGUCAGUUGGAUUCGGUUGUGGCUCCUCAAGCAUCUCAUGCUCUUGCCGCGGCAUCGACCUUGCAACAACAGCUACACCCAAGCCUCUUGUUGCGACCUACGGUUCCUUCGGCCGCAUCACCCAUCCAGGACGAUGUCUUGCGCCGAUUGCAAGCCAUUAGGCAACUGCAAUCCCAAGCAACUGCCGAUGCCGCUGAUUCCUCCUCCAGUAUGCAAUCUUGA